AUGGCGGUUGGUUAUAUACUCUUAUGCGCCUUCCUUCUUCGAACCUUUUGGUAUGUAUUGCCCCCUAACUAUAGAUCAGAUCCACCAGACAAGAAACUCAAUUCCGCACUGCUGCUGAGUCGUCGGACUUAUCCACCAAGGGAUUCGUGGAAUUUCUCGCCCUCUUUUGGGUAUGCAGGUACUAAGAGUCCUCUCACUACCAACCAGCAGACAUCAUCUGGCUGGGUCUUGCCGGGGAGAUCGGAGCAACAGGGAACGCCUAGACGACGUUUUUCUUCCUGGGCUGCAGUAAGUAGAUCGAGAGGUCGUUCCGCCCCUUGUCCCCGAAUAUGGGGAAUAUGUUCUCAUAAAAUCUUGCUCCAAUCUGACCUAGCUGGCGAGCGAUCCCAGUUCGCGACAGAGAACAAGACAGCAAGCGAGCGUACUUUUGUUCGCUUCUUCUCCACCAAGCACGGAAGUUUAAGGAUAACUGUAGGUCGGUGGCUACCUAAGGAAACUCCGAUUCGAUCCGCCCCCCGGCUGGGAGGCAUCUACCUCAUCCCGAUCACAAGGAGAGGUUCACUAUGAUGGGGGUACUUUUUUUCCCUUAAGGAAAAAAUGAAAUGCAUAGGGGACCAUCCUUUUGUUGCGGCAUGCUCCUCAGAUUUACGGAUUCGCAGGGGGCCUCAGGCCCUACUUAGUUUCGCAAGCCUUUGUCAUUGUCAGUCAACUAAGUAGGGCCUUUUCCUUUUUGUUUGAAUAACCCAUUCUCAUUAUCUUUAAUAAGUAAAGUAGGCAAACCUAUAGGUCCUUAGUAGCGUUGACAAAGAAGAAGGAGCCGUUUAAAAGAAAGCGAAUCUUUCCAUUUUUCUUAUAAUUAUAUAAUAAUAUAAAAUAGAAAGAAAUUUCUUAUUAUUAUAUAUAGGCCAGCUUGACAAGCAACCCUUC